ACUUCCCUUUCAAUACAAAAGCUGAACAAUCUUAAUGGAAAACUGGUCAUCAAGGCUGGUUAUCAUAACCAUGCUGAUUUGGAUCGCCCUGCGGAAUAACACUUUUCCUAAUUACCAUUUUUGCGAGCUAACAACUUUAGUUGCACUGCGAAACCCUUCAAAUGCGGUCCAUUCGGUUACCAACAAUGAAGCGGAUAGGUCAAGCGUAUAACGUAUACGCCGUGUUCAUCGGCAUGACGUCAUACGAAGCAAUGGGUGGAAAAUUCAGGCAGUCGCGGAUUACUCGGAUAUAUUGCUUGCUUAUAAAUGCCAUCUGCUUGACUCUGCUGCCGAGGGCUUUCUGGAAGUCGGCCAAGCUAUUGAGUGCGGCGGAUUGGAUGCCUUCGUACAUGAGGGUCACUCCGUACAUCAUGUUUACAACCAACUAUGCUGCCAUAGCCUACACCCUGAUCUCGCGAUGCUACAGGGACGCCAUGCUGAUGGACUUGCAACGCAUUGUGCUGCAAGUGAAUCGGGAAAUGUUGCGCACGGGAAAGAAAAUGAACUCACUACUUCGGCGGAUGUUUUUCUUGAAAACAUUAACAUUGACCUACUCGUGCUUGUCGUACAUUCUGGCGGUUUUCAUUUACCAGUGGAGAGCUCAAAACUGGUCCAAUUUUUGCAAUGGACUCUUGGUUAACAUUUCCCUAACUAUCCUGGUUGUCACCACAUUCUUCUACUUCAUCUCGUUGUGGCACGUAGCCAAGGGAUAUGACUUUGUCAACCAGCAACUGAAAGAGGUAGUCGCCUCCCAAUCGAUGGACUCGAAGAGGAAGUCAAAAGAACUCCGCAGCCUGUGGGCUCUGCACAGAAAUCUUAGCUAUACAGCCCGCAGGAUAAACAAGCACUACGGUCCCCAAAUGCUUGCCCUGCGAUUUGAUUACUUCAUAUACUCCAUAAUCAACGGUUGCAUAGGCACGAUUUACUCGACCACCGACCAGGAGCCCUCGUUUGAAAAGGUUUUCGGAUCCCUAAUUUACUGGGCACGGAGUUUCGAUUUCUUUCUGAACGACUAUAUCUGCGAUCUGGUCAGCGAGUACCAAAUCCAGCCAAAGUUCUUCGCCCCUGAAAGCAGCAUGUCCAAUGAGCUCAGUUCUUACUUGAUCUAUGAGAGCAGCACGCGACUGGAUCUGUUGGUCUGCGGACUCUAUCCCGUCAACAAGCGGAAAUGGUUGCAAAUGGUGGGCUCCAUCAUCGUCCACUCCAGCAUGCUGUUCCAGUUUCAUCUCGUCAUGCGAGGUGGUCUUUAGUACCGCGAAUAACUAUCAAUAAAUUUGAAGUCCGUAAGUCCGUCGUUUUUUACUACACACUUUGGGUCGAGUGAUUUCAGAACACUGCUGCUUAUUUGAGCUAUUACGAUUAUUGCCAGAUAAAAAUUACAUUCAAAACAUUUUCUGCAAACUGGAAACGCCAGACUGUCAUGAAUGUGCCGCAUAUGACUGCAUCGAUGCUAUCAGCUUUACACUUAAGUCAAUUUAGAGACACUUUUCUAGUCUAAACUUGAAAUUUUUUUAGUUUCACUGUGUUAGUCUACGUUGAACUUCCCACGACAGCGGAUACUUUAGAUAUGAAAAGACUGACUGCCGUGUAUAACGUAUACGCCCUGUUGAUCGGCAUGACAUCCUACAGAUUCGUGGAUGGCAGACUCCAUCAAACGAGGAUGAUGCGGUCAUAUGGACUGCUUGUAAAUAUUAUAGUAUUGGCUGUACUGCCCUUCUGAGCUUCAUUUGCUGCGUUCGCAGUCUGGAAAUUUUCAUAAUCGAUUACCUUCUCGAAACUAUGAGUACUUAUCAUUGUAAACCCAUGGACGCAGUCAUCGAGGGUAGAAUGUCCAAGGAGGUAAGUAAGUCUAGGGUGUGAGAUCAAUGAUACGGGUGUCCUUUUGACACCUCGAUUUAA